AUUUUUGUCGUAAGUUUUAUAUUUACAUAUUGAAGACAGCACAUCACAGACCACAAAAAAUAACUGAAAAUUACUCAUUCACAUUCUGCAUUCUCAAACUCCUUGUCAUAAGUUUCUCUCAGUUCUCAUGGCUACGCAAUCACCUUCCUCAUUCACUUACCAAGUGUUCCUCAGUUUUAGGGGCGCGGACACUCGCCACGGUUUUACCGGAAAUCUCUACAAGGCUCUUACUGACAAGGGAAUCUAUACCUUCAUUGAUGACAAUGAUCUUCAAAGAGGAGAUGAAAUCACACCAUCACUAAAAAAUGCCAUUGAAAAAUCUAGGAUUUUUAUUCCCGUAUUUUCUGAAAACUAUGCAUCUUCUUCAUUUUGUUUGGACGAACUUGUUCACAUCACUCAUUGCUACGAUACAAAGGGUUGUCUUGUUUUGCCUGUUUUUAUUGGUGUGGAUCCUACUGAUGUGCGACAUCACACAGGUAGAUAUGGUGAAGCAUUAGCUGUGCAUAAAAAAAAGUUUCAAAAUGAUAAGGAUAACACUGAGAGGUUGCAGCAAUGGAAAGAAGCUCUGAGCCAAGCGGCUAACUUGUCUGGCCAGCAUUAUAAACAUGGAUAUGAAUACGAGUUUAUUGGAAAGAUAGUCGAAGACAUUUCCAACAGGAUUAGUCGUGAGCCCUUAGAUGUUGCCAAAUAUCCUGUUGGAUUACAGUCCCGAGUACAACAUGUGAAAGGGCAUCUUGAUGAAAAAUCUGAUGAUGAGGUCCACAUGGUAGGACUUUAUGGUACUGGAGGCAUAGGUAAAUCAACACUUGCAAAAGCAAUUUAUAAUUUCAUUGCUGAUCAAUUUGAAGUUUUAUGUUUUCUAGAAAAUGUGAGAGUGAAUUCGACUUCAGAUAACUUGAAACAUCUCCAAGAGAAACUCCUUUUAAAAACAGUUAGAUUGGACAUUAAGUUAGGAGGUGUUAGUCAGGGAAUUCCAAUCAUUAAGCAAAGGCUAUGUAGAAAGAAGAUUCUUUUGAUUCUUGAUGAUGUUGACAAACUGGAUCAGCUAGAGGCCUUGGCUGGAGGACUUGAUUGGUUCGGUCCUGGGAGUAGAGUCAUCAUUACUACUCGAAACAAACACUUACUAAAGAUUCAUGGGAUAGAAAGUACACAUGCAGUAGAAGGGUUGAAUGCGACAGAAGCUCUCGAAUUGUUGAGGUGGAUGGCUUUCAAAGAAAAUGUUCCUUCAAGUCAUGAAGACAUUUUAAACCGUGCACUUACUUAUGCUUCUGGCCUUCCAUUAGCUAUUGUAAUAAUAGGGUCCAAUUUGGUUGGAAGGAGCGUACAAGAUUCAAUGAGUACAUUAGAUGGGUAUGAAGAAAUUCCCAAUAAAGAGAUCCAAAGAAUACUUAAAGUGAGCUAUGAUUCUUUGGAGAAAGAAGAGCAAAGUGUCUUUCUAGACAUUGCUUGUUGCUUCAAAGGGUGUAAAUGGCCAGAGGUCAAAGAAAUACUUCAUGCUCAUUAUGGUCAUUGCAUAGUACAUCAUGUUGCAGUUUUGGCUGAAAAAUCUCUCAUGGACCAUUUGAAAUAUGAUAGUUAUGUGACAUUACAUGACUUGAUAGAGGACAUGGGUAAAGAAGUCGUCCGACAAGAAUCACCCGAUGAGCCUGGAGAACGCAGUAGGUUGUGGUUUGAGCGUGAUAUAGUUCAUGUUUUAAAAAAAAACACUGGAACAAGGAAAAUCAAAAUGAUAAAUAUGAAAUUCCCCUCCAUGGAAUCUGAUAUUGAUUGGAAUGGAAAUGCCUUCGAGAAGAUGACAAACCUCAAAACAUUUAUUACUGAAAAUGGCCAUCAUUCUAAAAGUCUCGAGUAUCUUCCAAGUAGUUUGAGGGUAAUGAAAGGAUGUAUUCCGAAGUCUCCAUCAUCUAGUAGUUCGAACAAGAAGUUUGAAGAUAUGAAAGUCUUGAUAUUGAACAAUUGUGAAUAUUUAACCCAUAUACCGGAUGUCUCAGGGCUUCCAAAUUUAGAAAAGUUCUCGUUUGUAAGAUGUCAUAAUUUAGUUACAAUUCACAAUUCACUUAGAUACCUAAAUAGAUUAGAAAUCUUAAAUGCAGAGGGUUGCGAGAAGCUCGAGAGUUUUCCACCCUUACAGUCUCCCUCUCUUCAGAAUCUGGAACUCUCUAAUUGUAAGAGUCUCAAGAGUUUUCCAGAAUUAUUAUGCAAGAUGACAAAUAUAAAAUCUAUCUUGUUGAAGGAAACUUCCAUAGAAAAAUUUCAAUCUUCCUUUCAAAAUCUUAGUGAACUUAGUCAUUUAACAAUAUCAAGUGCCAAUUUAAAAAUUAACCUCCUUAAGAUCCUUAGAUUGGAUGAAUGCAAGUGUUUUGAGGAAAAUCGAGCUAUUACACUGAAUCCAGAAAAGCUUUCUGGAUUUCAAUGCAAACUAGGGCACAAAAGCAAGGGACACACAAUUUCUUUCUGGUUUCGUAAAAAGAUCCCUUCUAGAGCAAUUAUUCUUCUUCUUUGUUUGUCAAUGGGUAUAAAUAUACUCUUUUUGACAAAGCACUUUGCAGUGUGGGAAACUCGUGCCUAAACUUGAGGAAGCACUCCUACUAUUAUUCUUCAAAUGCACAAAUGGGAAUCAACUGUACAAGGAGAAAAAAAAACAUGGAGGAGAAUGCCAUAUUCACCAAUUCAUAUGGAGAGAGAAAAGUGGAUGAAUUGUUGGUGUAAGCCCUAAAGGCCAAUAGUUUAUGUUAAACCUAUCUUAUGUAUCAUGACUUUUAUUAUUGUAAUAAUAUAUGACACUCUUUAUUAUAUUUA